CCCAGAUGCCAUGCCCUGAUCUCCACUGAGUCCCUGAGGUCCCGCCACUCGUCUGCCACACAGCUCGGAGCCUCGGCACCAUGAACGACAUCUACAAAGCUGCGGUAGAGCAGCUGACAGAUGAACAGAAGAGCGAGUUCCGGGCGGCCUUCGACAUCUUCGUGCAGGAUGCUGAGGACGGCUGCAUCAGCACCAAGGAGCUGGGGAAGGUGAUGAGGAUGCUGGGGCAGAACCCCACCCCGGAGGAGCUGCAGGAGAUGAUCGAUGAAGUGGACGAGGACGGCAGUGGCACAGUGGACUUUGAUGAGUUCUUGGUCAUGAUGGUGAGAUGUAUGAAAGAUGACAGCAAAGGAAAAUCGGAGGAAGAGCUGGCCGAGCUCUUCCGCAUGUUUGAUAAGAAUGAAGAUGGUUAUAUUGAUCUGGAUGAGCUGAAGCUGAUGUUGGAGGCCACGGGGGAGACCAUCACUGAGGACGACAUCGAGGAACUGAUGAAGGACGGAGACAAGAACAACGACGGCAAAAUCGACUACGACGAGUUCUUGGACUUCAUGAAAGGUGUGGAAUAAGUGCAAUAAAAGAUGGCUCAAGAACUUCACAUUCGGAUUCAAGGAGCGCCAAGAGAAUCGAGCGCUGUGGUUUAUUUAUCUCAAAAAUGUCAAUGAAAAGUUCAGUAUUAUUGCAUUCAUGUUUGUAACUGAUAAAAUGGCUGUUUUUAUAUAAAAUAUCUGCAAUAUGUUCAA